AUUAAUGGCUUCUUUCAAAAUAUUUUUUUCUUAUUUUUUGCCUCUAAUUUUUCUCUCUUAGGGUCCUUCAAUUGUUUGAAGGUGAAGGACCCUCUUCUAUAAUCAUCACCUUCUUCUCCAAAAUUAUAAAAAAUUUAAUGUGCAUAACGCAAAAGUAAUUAGUUACAAUUUGUUGCAUAUGCAUAUAAUAAUUUUGUUUUCUUGAUUAAAACUCGAGGGGUGGCGGUUUUAUAUCGAAAAUCAAGAAUAUGAAUUGCUUUUCGUGUUUUCAAUCACAGAAAAGCAAGAAAUCAUUUACCAAGAGAGAACAUGGAUCGCCUUCUAGUCCUAAAGAGGAGAAUAAGAAGCAAAAACCUGGAGAUGAAGAGAAUGAGAAUAAAGGUGAGAUUGCGGCACAGAUAUUCACAUUUCGUGAGAUAGCUACCGCGACGAAGAACUUCCGACAGGAGUGUCUGCUAGGUGAAGGCGGAUUUGGAAGAGUUUUUAAAGGGACAUUAGCCGCGACAGGGCAGGUAGUAGCCGUAAAACAACUUGACCGGAGUGGAUUGCAAGAGAACAAAGAAUUUCUCGCCGAGGUUACGAUGUUAAGUCUUCUACACCAUCCAAACCUCGUCAACCUUGUCGGAUACUGCGCCGAUGGUGAUCAGAGGCUUUUAGUCUAUGAUUUUGUCAAAGGAGGUUCUUUACAUGAUCAUCUCCUUGAUUUAACAUCAGAAACAAAACCAUUAGGUUGGUUUACAAGAAUGAUGAUAGCAUUUGGUGCUGCAAAAGGUCUGGAAUAUUUGCAUGAUGAGGCCAAUCCUCCGGUGGUAGAUGGCAAUAUUAAACCAUCAAACAUAUUAUUGGAUGAGGAUUUUAAUCCUAUGCUAUCUGAUUUCGGGCUCGUUAAACUCGGUCCGGCCGGCGACAAGGUGCACGUUCAUUCAAGAUUGAUGGGCACGUACGGUUACAGUGCUCCAGAAUAUGUAAGAGGUGGUGAACUCACCGUGAAAUCGGAUGUUUACAGUUUCGGGGUCAUUUUACUCGAGCUCAUCACCGGAAGAAAAGCCAUAGAUACCACUAAACCGAUCAACGAGCAAAAUCUGGUUUCUUGGGCACAACCCAGAUUCCGGGACCCGAAAAGGUUUCCGGACAUGGCAGACGCGGUUCUUAACAAGAAGUUCCCGGAAAAAGAUUUGAAUCAAGCGGUUGCAAUAGCAGCAAUGUGUCUGCAAGAGGAACCAGCAGCCCGACCGUUGAUGAGCGAUGUAGUAACCGCUUUAAGUUUCCUGUCAAUGGCUUCUGAUCACGAAAGUAUAACCCCGUCUCCUCCGCCGCCAGCAACUCCACUUACGGAGGAAGUACGCCAAGACAAGAAACACGAAGACGAAGAUAGUUCAGGUAGCGAUCACCAGAAUGUCGAGGAAAACAAGGAGUCCGUAAAAAAUAAAAAAGGUGACGAGAGUGAAGAGGAAGAAGAAGAGGAAGAAGACGACGAUGAUAGAUCGGAUUCUGAAGAAGAAGAAGACGAUGAAAGUGUCUGUUCAAGCCGUAAAGGUAACAGCAAGAGAAUCCAAAGCAGAAGAAACAGAAAAAACAGCCAUGAAUCGCAAUACGAGAGCGUUUUAUCGAGUCAUUAUAGCAGCAGAGAAUCACAGUAUCAUAAUGCGUCCUUAAGCCACAAAGGCAGCAUCGGAUCGAAAGAUGGAAGCGUUUCGGACGGCGGAAAAAGCAGAAGAUACACUGAUUCACACGGUAGAACUAGAUCGUUAAGUUACAAAAGUGCCGGAAGAAAUUCAUUGAAUCAAAGUAGUUCUUCUUCUUCAUCUUCUGAUGAUGAUGAUGGUCAUUAGCGUUUCGUCAGAAUGAAGUUUGGCGUUCAUCAGGAUUGAUAUCAGAAUGUCAGAAUCAGAUAAUUACUAGCAUAAUUAAUGUAAAGAUAAAUUUCCAUUGGAUUAUAGCCCUUCAUCGGACGAUUACACGAACUGUUUUGGUCCCUAGCAGAACUCUUAAUUAGGUGGGCGACUUCUUAUAAAGAUUUUCUUGUUUGUGUUGUUGAUUUUGUUUUCACACGUCAGCUGCAGAUUGUCUUAAUCUAGAAACAGAAGAUGACAAAAGUGGAGACAAGAAAGUCUGCAAACAUAUGUAUAAUAUAAUCUGUUUUAUCCUGCAAUACUUUAUUGUGAAUAAUUCCAAAAUUGAUACAAGUGGUUCAGUUAAA